AUGCUGGCUCACGCGCCGGUGGACAUGAGCGCUGACGGUGACGGAUCGAUCUCGCAUGCUCGGAAGAGGCGUCGUGUUGGCGUAAGCGCGGCGCCGGCGGCGCCGGAACCUCCGUGGGAGGUGCUCCGGCUGGUCGGCCCCUUCCUCGACGCCGAGUCGCUCGCGUCGGCCUCCUGCGUCUCCACAGCCUGCCGCGACGCCUUCACCGCCGAGUACCUCUGGUCCAAGCUCUGCCGCUCCCAGUACCCGGCCGCUCCCGGCCUCCUCCCCGCGCCGGGCGAUGGCCGGGGCCCGUCCCCGUACCGCCGCCUGUUCGCGCUGUUCCGCUCCGCCGCCGCCCGCCGCCGCAAGCUCCCGCCCCCGCGCCUCGCUCUCGACGACGUCACCUUCGCCGUCGACAUCUUCGCGGCCAGCGGCGAGAACACCCUCUCGUUCGUCGUCGCCGCCCGCGACGCCCUCGCCAGGAGCGGCCGUUUCCAGUUCGAGGUCGACCUGACCGGCCGGAACGCGGUGGUCGGGCCGGGGGAGCACUGGAGCAUCCGGCUGACGGCCGUGCGGACGGGGCUCGGUGGGGUUGCGCCCGCGCCCGCGCCCGCGGCGGUCGAGAUGAUGGACGCGAAGGUGCCGGCAGCAAGGGCGCGCCCGGUCUUCGGCGGCGUGAAGGGGGAGACCUGGGCCACGGAGCCCCUCCCCGCGGCGGGCUGCGGCACCGCGGCGAUGGAGGCGGAGGUGGUGUUCGAGGUGUCCGGCGAGGACAAGCUGCUGGAGAAGGUGAGGUUCGGUGCGAUGGCGCAGUGUAGGUGUGGCUGUGGGCUUUCAAGUGCAAAUUUCAGUUCCAGCAAACUAGCCUUGACAAGACUAAAUCUGAUGAUGGCGCAAACUCGGGCCACCUAUUCACGCCGAGCUGCCUCUAAGAAGACUGAGAUCAAGAAAGAUGAAGAACUUGUCCUGGAAAAGGAGGAUGUUGCUGAAAGCAAAUUGGACAUUGAGCAAAUUAGGAAUGACCCCGAUCAACUCCAAUCCAUGACAGUGAAGGAUCUCAGGGAAAUCACGAGGAGGAUGGGAAUUCCUAUAAGAGGCAACAAGAAAGAUUUAGUAUCAACCCUGAUGAGUUCUCUGGGUAAAGAGGGAACUUCAGCAGUUGAGAAGGUUGGUAUGUCUGAAGUACCUUCAAAAAGAAAAGGUGGUGCUUCAGUAGAAGUUGAACAAAAAAUAGGAAGUUCUGAGGUUAUUUCUGAAACUCCUAGCAAGAGAAGUAGAACAAAGACAAAGUCAAUUAAAGGAACCACUCAUGAGCAGAAAUCUAGGAUUAACGUCAAGCAAAGCAAGACAUCAGUCCAGAAGGAAACACUGGUUGUCCAAGGUGCCGUUGCUAAGGCAGGCUUGGGUCUUGGUGUAGACCAGGAGGAACCUUGGACUAUGCUUGUACACAAAAAAGCACAACCUUCAUGGAUUCCUUAUAAUCCUAAGGUCAUGAGGCCUCCACCUCUUAGCAAGGAUACAAAGACACUAAAGAUUCUCUCAUGGAAUGUCAAUGGGUUGAAAGCUUUAGUAAAAUCAAGGGGCUUCUCUAUUCAUCAGUUAGCUCAGAGGGAGGAUUUUGAUAUAUUAUGCCUACAAGAGACAAAAAUGCAGGAGAAGGAUGUUGAAGUCAUUAAGGAAGGCCUGCUUGAAGGCUAUACCCAUAGUUUCUGGACAUGCAGUGUAUCAAAGCUUGGCUAUUCAGGAACUGCAAUAAUUUCAAGGGUGAAACCGCUCUCAAUCAAAUAUGGGCUUGGUGUACCAGACCAUGAUACUGAAGGGAGGGUUGUCACAGUGGAGUUUGAUGAUUUUUACCUCCUAACUGCUUAUGUACCAAAUUCUGGUGACGGUCUAAAAAGACUGACUUACAGGGUCACAGAGUGGGAUCCAAGCCUUGGUAGCUACAUGAAAGACUUGGAAAAAUCAAAGCCUGUUAUACUAACUGGUGAUCUUAACUGUGCCCAUCAGGAGAUUGAUAUACAUGAUCCUGCUGGAAAUCGUAAAAGUGCAGGCUUCACAAAUGAAGAGAGGGAAUCAUUUGGGACUAACUUUUUGUCCAAAGGGUUUAUUGAUACGUUUCGGAAUCAGCAUCCUGAUGUUGUUGCAUACAGUUACUGGGGCUAUAGACAUAAUGCACGGAAGAGUAACAAAGGUUGGCGCCUGGAUUACUUUCUUGUAUCAGAGUCUAUUGCAGAAAGAGUCCAUGAUUCAUAUAUUCUUCCAGACAUAUCUGCCAGUGAUCACAGCCCACUAGGCCUUAUAUUGAAGCUCUAGGCUGCAUACCUGCAAGUCUGCAACCCAAUCUGGCUUCUGGCUUUAGUUUGCAGUGUUUUCCUGUUCCACUUGUUCUGUUAGCAACUUCGCAUAGUUAUGUUAGAGCAUUGUGAUUUUGUAUCAGUACGUUGUAGUGAUGCAAGUCAAAUUGAUGUGGAUUUGUUGCACCAA